GCCCGCCCGAGGUGAGCGCCGCACUCGGACACCCACAACAACGAGCCUUGGCAGCCGGAGCCAGCAGCGCCGUGCAACGCCCGGAAUCACCAGCAUCGUCAGAGCGGUGCACUGCCGGAAGCGGCGGCGGAGAUGGGGCGCGUCCCGUGCUGCGAGAAGGACAACGUGAAGCGCGGGCAGUGGACGCCCGAGGAGGACAACAAGCUGCUCUCCUACAUCACGCAGUACGGCACGCGCAACUGGCGCCUCAUCCCCAAGAAUGCCGGGCUGCAGCGGUGCGGCAAGAGCUGCCGGCUCCGGUGGACCAACUACCUGCGGCCCGACCUCAAGCACGGCGAGUUCACGGACGCCGAGGAGCAGACCAUCAUCAAGCUGCACUCCGUCGUCGGCAACAGGUGGUCGGUGAUCGCGGCGCAGCUGCCGGGGCGGACGGACAACGACGUCAAGAACCACUGGAACACCAAGCUCAAGAAGAAGCUGUCCGGGAUGGGCAUCGACCCCGUCACGCACAAGUCCUUCUCCCACCUCAUGGCCGAGAUCGCCACCACGCUGGCGCCGCCGCAGGUCGCGCACCUCGCCGAGGCCGCGCUCGGAUGCUUCAAGGACGAGAUGCUCCACCUCCUCACCAAGAAGCGCCCCACCGACUUCCCCUCGCCCGCCGUGCCCGACAUGCCCAUGGCGGCCGGCGCCGGCGCCGGGAUGGGCGCAGCCGCUGCGCUCGCCGCGCCCUGCGGCUUCCCCGCGCCGCCGCCGCAGCCCGACGACACCAUCGAGCGCAUCAAGCUCGGCCUCUCCCGCGCUAUCAUGAGCGAGCCCGGCGCCGCCACGGACAAGCAGCAGCAGCAGCAGCCGCCGCCCUGGGUGCCGGCCGACAUGCCCGAGGGGCUGGCGGGGAUGUUCGCCGCGUACAACCCCGCCGCGCACGGCCAGGAGGAGUUCCGCACGUCGAUGUGGAGCCACCAGAGCUUGUACAGCGGGAGCUCGGGCACCGAGCCGGCGGCCAGGUCGGCACCGCCAUUGCCGGAGAAAGGCAAUGACAGCGUCGGCAGUAGCGGCGGCGACGAGGAGGCGGACGGCGGGAAGGGCGGCUCCGACAUGUCCAGUCUGUUCGGAUCCGACUGUGUACUCUGGGAUUUGCCUGACGAGCUUACCAAUCACAUGGUGUAACGAAAACGUGCAAAUAUCACGAUCAAAGAACAGCUUUUUCAGGAGAAGACUGAAAAGAAGUAACCAAGCAAAAUAUGCCGAAAACAAGAGAGGGAGUUAUAAACUUCAAAUAAGUGAUAGAAAAUCAUGUAUAUUUUGCCAUGUGAAAGA